AUUUUUUUUAUCGUGUUCUGAUGAUUACGUUUUUCCGGAUCUAAAUUUUUGGUAGAGACUGUAUGUUUAUUUGUUAAAUUGGCCGCGUAUUUAAAAAAGCCUCUUAUGCUGCCCGUGAUUAGUUCAGACGUGAACGAGUUGCAUGUUAGUUCGUUUCAUAAUAGUAAUUUACAUGCGCUUGGCGAAGUACAUACCAAACUUGGAUACAAGAACGAAGCUACGGAUUGACGAUGUGUGAAAACUGGGAAAAUCUUAUAGUGGACGAGAUCAAGAGCGAAUUGGUGCUCUUGAGUGAACAGAAAGGCAUCACGAAACCUGCGAUAUCGUGCACGCCGGGUAGUGCAAUCGGUGAUAAUUAUUUGGGAGAAAUAGUGAAUGUAAUUAUCGAAGGUGAUGAUGGAAAGGAAAAUGGAAAAAAUCGCCUUAACAUCAUUGUAAAGUGUGCCCCAAGGGCAGGAGCGUUUCGGACGAAAUUGCCCAUGCAUCAACUGUACCUCCGAGAGAUGUACGCUUACGAUACGAUUUUUAGAGAAUUUUUAAAAAUACAGAACGACUGUAAUGUCAAGGAUGUUUUUAAUCCUUUUGCUGUUUGUUACAAAACAAUUCCAACGGACGGCUACGAAACUUUGAUAAUGAAAAAUAUGAAAUCGAUAGGAUACUAUAUGGAGAAUAGGUUCAAACCGUUGGAUUACGACCAUGUCCUUUUAACGAUCAGGUCUUACGGGAAAUUACAUGCCCUCUCGUUCGCGCUAAGGGAACACGAACCUGAAAAAUUUCGAAAACUUGCGAAUAAUUUAAAGGAGGAGUUCUUCAGUAUAGUUGACCUUCCCGAGAAUUAUUACGAUCAAAUAACUAAACCAGCUUCCGAUUUAUUGGAAGGACCGUUGAAAGAAAAAUUUGAUGAUUACCGUUCCAGACUUCAAAGCAUUUUGGAGGAAGAACUGUGUGAAGAGACUCCAGGACGAUAUGCUGUGAUAGGACAUGGUGAUUGCUGGACCAAUAAUUUUUUAUUUAAGAGAGAGGAUUUCGGGACAGCUAAGAAACCAACAUCAAUAAUUUUCCUAGAUUGGCAGUUGUGCAGAAUGAGCUCGCCGUUUGCCGACUUAUUCUAUUUUAUUUUCGUCUGUACCGAUAAGGAGUUCAGAGACAUACACUUUUACAAUUUAAUGGACGAAUAUUACAAAAGUUUCUCCAAUUUCUUGUGGAAACUCGGAUGUGAUCCUGGCCAAGCGUUUCCCCGGCACAUUUUCGACGAACAUAUGAAAAAGUUCAUGGGCUACGGAUUGUACAUGGCAGUGUCCAUAUUAAAAAUGUUGUUAGCCGAAAAAGAUGAAAUACCUGAUUUUAAAAACAUGAGCGAGGAGGAUCUUAACAAACUCUUUGCAGAACCUCCUGAUAUCAAGUCAACUGCCGGCUAUGACAAGAGAAUAGUCGAUGUAAUUACCGAUGCACAAAAUUAUGGAUGUGUUUACCUUCAGUAGUCUUUUCCAUAUGAAAUACAUUUCAACAGGGUGCAACAUCUUCAAGCUUAAUGAUCGUUAAGAUGGUAAAAUAACUUAUGUAUCAGUAUUACCCAGAGCAACACAAACAUUAAUCUAUUUUGUGAAACAGUUUGAAAUAAUAUAGGGAAUUGUUUGUAAAAACUAAUAAAUAUUUAGGAAGUAAA